UAGUCUUAUCUUUUAGUUCCCAACAGUAAGCAAAGGAAAAAAUCAAUGGAGUUCCUGACAAUUUUUCUUGUAGUAUUAUCUUUUCUAGUCUGGCAUGUCUUGAGAUCAAAUCUAAGGCGCUGGAGAACCGGCAGGUUACCUCCGGGGCCUCACCCCUUUCCGAUCAUCGGUAACAUUCUUCAACUUGGCGAAAACCCCCAUCAAUCACUAACCAAACUUUCCAAAAUUUAUGGUCCUCUUAUGUAUCUAAAGCUGGGGAGCAGAGAUUCAAUCGUCAUCUCAUCCCCGGAUAUUGCCAAGCAAGUACUACAAGAACAUGACCAAGUCUUCUCUUCUCGAACAAUUCCAGCAGCAGCAGCAGCCUAUGAUCAUUUCAAGAAGUCUAUGGCCUGGUUGCCUGUGUCUAGCCAAUGGCGAAAGCUUCGUAAACUUUGUAAAGAACAAAUGUUUUCGUUGCAUAGACUUGAUGCAAGCAAGGGUCUUCGUCAAGAAAAAAUGAAGAAAUUGUGUAACUAUGUGCAUGAUUGUUGCAUCAGCGAUCAGGUGGUUGAUAUUAGUGAAGCUGCGUUUAUCACAUCACUUAAUCUCAUCUCAGCCACUCUUUUCUCAACUGAUUUCGCUCAAUUUAAUUCCGAUUCUUCUCAAGAAAUGAAAAAUAUUGUAAGGGUUUUAUUGGCAAAUGGAGGUCUUCCUAAUCUUGCGGACUUCUUCCCUGUUCUUGAAUUCAUUGAUCCACAAGGUAUUAGGCGCAAAACCAAGAGUUACAUGAGCAGAAUAUUUGUAAUAUUAGAUGAUUUGAUCAAUCAACGGUUGAAGUCAAGAAGCGAGUCACUUGAUCAUCCAGUGAGAAACGAUUUACUAGAAGCCAUCCUGAAUCACAGCCAAGCAAGCGAAUCCGAAUUAACCUUGGAUGUUCUAAAACACCUACUUCUGGAUUUAUUCAUUGCAGGAACAGACACUACUUCGAGCACUGUGGAAUGGAUAAUGACUGAAUUAAUACGCAAUCCUGAGAAAAUGUCGAAAGCUAGAAACGAGCUUUGGACUGUCAUUGGACGAAACAAACAAGUUGAAGAAUCGGACAUCUCAAGACUUCCAUAUCUGCAAUCAGUGAUCAAAGAAACCUUUAGGUAUCAUCCUCCUGCCCCCUUUUUAGUACCUCACAAGGCAGAAGUUGAUACAGAAAUCAAUGGGUAUACAAUCCCUAAAGAUGCACAAAUACUUGUUAACGUAUGGGCAACUGGUAGAGAUUCAAGUCUUUGGUUAAAUCCAGACUCAUUUGAGCCUGAACGGUUUCUAAACCGUGAAGUAGACUUCAAAGGCCAAGAUUUCGAGCUCAUUCCAUUUGGUUCAGGAAGGAGGAUGUGCCCAGGAUUGCCUUUGGCUGACAGAAUGGUGCAUCUCAUGGUGGCAGCUUUGAUUCACAACUUCGACUGGAAACUGGAAAAAGGAAUGAAACCCGAAGAAGUCGACGUAAGUGAGAAAUUUGGGCUUUCAAUACAGAAGGCAGUUCCUCUCAAGGCUUUCCCAAUCAAACUGUGAUCCUUAGAAGUCUGUUUCACCUUGCAUACACCAAUUCUUUUAGCUACAAACAUCAUGUCGUAGAAUGUGUAACUGCUAGACACUGGUGCCGAAACAAAGUACUAGACAGUGGUUUAAAAACUAGAGAAACAUGUUUGCAAUAUUAUCAGUAGAUUGAAAUCAGUGUAAAAUAUAACUAAGGUAUUUGAUCCUCAAUCAUGCAAUGACUUGCCUGGAGAAAAAUCUUUCAUACGGCAGUCCUUUAAACAGAUCUGAAACAAGAUUAUUCCUCUUAAAAUUCCA